AUCUGUUCUGAACAACUUCUCUAGCCAUCAGUAUGUUGCGCGGAGUGCUUUGUGUCUUCGUCUUGGUAUCAUGGGUCUACUGUAUGCCGACUGAAAUUGAUGCACAUUCCAAAUGCGGAUCCAUGUUCAAGCUGACACUAGAAGAGGAUUAUCGCAUAAUCGGUAAAGCAAUCUGGAACACAAACGACACGUGCACGUUCAAGUUCACCUCGGACAACAAUGGCGAGUGUCAGGGCACGUGCUACAUGUUCGAUCAUUACACGGAGAUAAGGGACGAUAAAGUGACCUUAACCGUCGGCAAAAUAACCUAUCGGACAGGACGCGAUUUCCCUUUAACGCCCAUUUGCAGUGAUGACGUCAAUGUUGACGUAACGUUGAUCCACGCGACGGGAUACAAGUACAACAAGACGUACCCCAAUUACAAGUUCAAGUUGAACGUCUACAACAAGUGCGGACCGAAGGGCGAGGUUGUCAGCCUGAACUUUGACGACGCAAUUAGAGGCGCUGAGGGUUACCACCACGGCGAAGAAAAAGUGUCGCGUGAGAGGAACGUGCUUAUAGCGGGAAUUCUAGUGGGGACCGGACUGGCUGUAUCCUUCCUGAUCCUAGUCACGAUCACCUAUUGUUACAACCACCACAGCCCCGACCGCCGUCCCAGCCGCAGCGCGAGCCUGCGCAAACUAAGUUCUAAGCAGUUACCAAAAGGAGAGAUAAGUGUCGGUUACAAGGCCAGAGGAAAGUCACAUGUAAACAUGGUUAACCGUUAGCCAAAAAGUAUGGUUUAAACUCAAAUAAUUAUCGAACAGUUUGAAAAAUACCACAAUACGAUGUCAUGAUGAGGUUUUCGUGAAACAUUUUUAUGUGUUUUUUCUUGAAUGUAUUUGAAAUUUCACAUAUGUGCGCAUGAUAAUUGUUUGAAAUCACUUAACAAGUUCCCUAACACUUACAUGCAAGUUAUCGAAUUAUGCCAUUGUUUGUACUUAAAAUUUAAGAUUGGCGUUUUUCCAAAUCUCAAUAUAUAAUACAGAUACUGAGAAAAUAUGCACAGGGUCUCUUUAGACAUUUAGUGACGUAAACUGUGACCAGCCUUUUAGCAGAAGUGUGCCCACUUUAAUACUUAGAAACGUCUGGUUAAGGUUUUGCGAUCAAUAUACACUUCAGGCCAAGGCUUAAAUAUCUAUUUUACUAAUACAUACAUUUAAAUGAAACUUCACACAUGUUUGAGAGAUCAUCAUGCGUUGCCAAUUAUCAAGGCUCAUAAUUUUGACCUGCACUUAACAGAAAUAUGAGUCGCGUUCUGAGAAAACUGGGCAUAAUGCAUUUGCGUAAAGUAUCGUCCCAGAUUAGCCUGUGCAGUCCGCACAGGCUAAUCAGGGACGACAUUUUCCGCUUUUAUGAUAUUUUCUAUUUAAAGAAAGUUUCCUCUUAGCAAAAAUCUAGUUUAGGCGGAAAGUGUCGUCCCUGACUUUCUCAGAACGCGACUCAUAUGUUCCUUUUGUACGUAGGCAAUUCAGGUCAACGUUUUUGAGCAUCUUUUCUCAUGAUCUUGAUUUGACUUUGCGAACGAUAUGUAAACUUAUAAUACAGCAAUCGUGCUUUAUGACCUUGCUUAGGGAUGUUUUUGGGGCCAGUUGCACCAAGGACAUGAUAAUAGAAAAGGUCAAAGACGUUUUAAUGUAUAAGUUUAUUUACUUCAAGAAACUCAAAUGUGUCACAGGUAUGAAAAUUGCCACAAACCGCUGUUAGUGAAUUUGUAUACAAACAGCGAACGAAUUAUGUUUCAGCAACAAAUAUCAGCAAAAAUAUGUCGUUACUGUGAUAAUACUAAUUUAUGAUUAUUUUUUUUAUUUCUCUGCAAUUGACGACACAAGUGAACAGAUGUCAAAAUUGCAACCAAUCUACCAUAUGAAAUGAUGAUGUAAUAUUAUAAGUCAUGUAUUAUGGUGUAUAUACUGCUAUUGUAAGCAGAUUUUGUCCACAAAGUCACGCCAGCUGAAGAAGCAAAGAACGUGGGAAAGUUUGAAAAAGGCUGGCACUGAUGUUUGAAAAGCCUGGUUGAGGUCAAACAGAGAGCUAGGAUUUAAAUGUCUACUGAAGCUAUGUUAAAUAUAUCAUAUUAAAGAUGAGACAUGGGUAUGCACAUACAAUAUACGUAAUACAGGGACCAUUUAAUAAUAAUUAUAUAAACCAUAAUAUAAAGGUGUAUGCUUUGACAUUUAUAGUUUAUGCAUUUUGUUUACAUGAACGCGUUAACAGCAGCGCUUGAGACAUUUUUCAUUCUACGAGGAAGACGAAUAAGUAUACGCUAUUUUUCUUUUAAACUCAAAAUAAAAUAUGGAAAUAUAAUGGUAAUAAUCGAUUAUAUUUUAUGAGUGUCAGGUGUCAAUUAACGUUAUCAUUUCAUUUUUCUACAAACUUGAACGACUUUUUUAUUCGGAAGCUUUGUUUUGUUUGAUACUUCUCAUUAUACUGUUACACUCGCUUCAUUUUCAUUAAAACAAAAAUGAUUAA